AACACCCGAGGACAUAUUAUCAAGUCACCGGGACAGACACUAUGCCAGGGGACACGUACCAGAGGCUGCUCUAUGUGGUAGCCUAUUUAUGUGUUCUGAACACUGAGGCUCAUUCAGGAAGUUCCCUACUCACUCUUCCUGACUGGAGGUCAAAUGCAGAUUAUUUCUCAAAGUGUGAUUUUGGCAGUGAUUUGCCAGCAUCCUGUGAUUGGACCUCUGAGGGACCCAUCAGCGUUCAGACGGCAACAGAGGAAACUGCUAUCCAUCCCGUGAGUUCAUCUGGUGUGUUUCGUCUCAAGAGUGGUUUUCUUAAUAUCUCAGAAGACUCCUGUCUGGAGUUCUGGUACCAUAAACCCAACCAGAAGAGUUCUGAACUCAAAGUUUUGGUAGUGGAUGACAUUCUGCAUACACUGAUUUGGACUUCAGAGACUUCUAGCAGUGGAGACUGGAGACAAGUGUUUAUCCCUCUGACAAAGCAAUCUGACAACAUCCAGGUUAUUUUUCAGUUAUCACAAGGACGGCAUGAGGAUGAGGAAACUGCCUUUGACAGAAUAGGAAUCCGGAGGGGACAAUGCGGGCCACAAUGUCAGCUAAGAGGCACAUUUUGGACUGAUGAAAGCACUCGUUGCACCUGCACUGAUGAGCAACUCAUCUGUUCUCACAUCCCCUGGUCCAACGACACCUUUGGCACCUGCCAUGUGGCCUCUGACCCACAUUACACUACUUUUGAUGGGGUCAGCUUCCAAUUUGAGAGUCCUUGUACCUACGUUUUGUCAAAGGUCUGCGAUGCUUCAGGGUUGCUUUCGGAGUUUGCAGUAGAGGUGCAGAAUGAGAGAAAAGGGGACUCGCACGUCUCCUCCAUCCAGCAGGUGAACGUCAACAUCCGUGGUCUGAGAGUGACCAUGCUGAGGACAGAGAGGAGCAGAGUCAUGGUUAAUGGGAUCUGGAAGGAUCUCCCUCUACUCAUGAGGGGAAAUAGAGUUACGGUUAAUGCCCAGGGAGAUGCUUUGGUCCUUCAGACAGAUUUCAAACUGUCUGUCUUCUACAUGCAUUCCGGUGCUGUUCAAGUGAUCAUCCCCAGCCAUUACUCGAACAGAAUCUGUGGCAUGUGCGGCAACUUCAACCAGGAGACAGAAGACGACUUGAUGGUCAUAGACGGGUCACUUGUGCAGGACGCUCGUGUUUUAGGGCAGAGUGUGUGUGAUGAGCCCACCCUGCCUAGGGUCUGUACAGGUGCAGAGGAGCAGCAGUACGCCAGCGAGGUUUACUGCGGUCUGCUGACAUCCAGACAGGGACCAUUCUCAGGAUGCUCAUCUGUUCUCAAUGCAGAUAGUUUCUUCCAAAACUGCAUGUUCGAUAUGUGUACAACUCACGGAGAUCCUGCUGCACUCUGCAAUGCCAUUGAGGCCUUCAGUGCCACCUGCGACAAAGUUGGGAUCCCUGUUGCGGACUGGAGGAACUCAACAUUCUGUCCUGUGUCAUGUGGCCUACACAGCCACCAUAACGCUUGUGCCAGUGGCUGUCCCAAGACCUGCUCCAGCCUGGACACUGCAGGGCCUUGUGGGAUAUGUGAGGAGCGUUGCGAGUGUGACGAUGGCUUCAUGCUCAGCGGAGGAGCAUGUGUGCAAGCUAAAGACUGUGGAUGUUGGGCUAAUGGACAGCAUUAUUCGAUCAGUGAGACAUUUAUGGAGGGUGAAUGUGAGCAACAGUGCCAGUGUUUGGGCCAUGGGAACAUUCACUGCUCAUCUGCUUCCUGCACGGCUGAUGAAGUGUGCAUGGUUAAAGACGGUGUCAAAGGUUGUUUCCUGUCCAGUCCGGUGACCUGCAGUGUCUACGGUGACCCCCAUUACAUCACUUUCGAUGGCAAGGCCUACUCCUUCUGGGGAACCUGCAACUACACAAUAGCAAAGACCUGUGGGCCUACUGGCACCCAGUUCACAAUAACCGCACGAAACGAGGGACGCAACAACUCUGCAACUUCCUCUCUUAACUCUGUAGCUCUUGACAUGGAAGGCCUACACAUUGUCAUCGGGAAGAACGAGCUGGUUUAUGUAAACGGUAGUCGGGUCCGCCUCCCCGUGGAGUUUGGUUCUUCUGUGUUUGUGUCUCAGUCAGGACCUUACACCCAAGUUGAUACAAACUUCGGUCUGAGGCUGCUGUUUGGAAACGCCAGGCUGUUCGUCCAGGUGGAUGAACGCUACAGAGGAGUGUUGUGCGGCCUGUGCGGCACCUACUCCGGAACUCAGUUCGACGAUUUUCUGACACCCGACGGCAACACAGUAGCGGAUUCGCACGAGUUCGCCAGCAGCUGGAACACCAACGACAGUUACUGGCCUUGUAGUGAUGGCUCUCCAGACCCCCCUGCGUGUCAUCCAGACCUGGAGGAUGAUGCAUUUACAAAGUGCAGUGAACUGUUUGAAGAUGCUUUCAAAGAGUGCCACUGGUUCGUUCCACCACAGAUCUACGUCAGCAGCUGCGUUUCUGAUUACUGUAUUUCCCAGGGGGACAUGGCUCUGCUCUGCACCUCUUUGGAGGACUAUGUGUCUGCUUGUGAGAUAGCAGAGGUGUUUCUGCCAGACUGGAGAAAUCACACCUUCUGUUUUGCCAAUCCUUCACCACCACCAACAGACAACCCCACACCAACCCCACCAUCUGCAAGUUGCCUGUGGAGCUGUAACUUUGAUCAGGAUGAAUGUGGGUGGGAGCAACUUAUCCAAGACAGUUUUGAUUGGACCAGAUGGUCAGGGACAACGCCAUCAAACUUCACUGGACCACCCAGUGACCACACCACAGGAAGUGGCUUUUACAUGUAUAUUGAGGGGGAUAGUGUGGUCCAUGGCGACUCAGCCCGAAUGAUGAGUCCUGUCUGCAACACUUCCGGCAGGCAGUGUUUGAGUUUCUGGUUCCACAUGUACGGCCAGGCAAGUGCUAUGUCUCUCAACCUCUACAUAUAUGAGAACAACCAUGCCAUCAAAAUGUGGUCCAAAACCAACAACCAGGGCAACAGCUGGUACCAAGGCCAGGUUGAAAUCCAACCACAACAGCCAUUCCAGGUCAUCAUAGAAGGCAUCAGGGGCUCAAAUCAAAGCUCAGAUGUGGCCAUAGAUGAUGUGGCCAUAAUGUAUGGUGCAUGUGAUUAUUCAUCCGCAGAAGUUUCAGACUCGACCACUCUGGCACCCCAUCUGACUACUCCAAACUCAAUCAACCCCCAACCAAAUUGUAGAAUGAACUGUGAUUUUGAAAAGGACAUCUGCAGUUGGACUCAGAUGGUGACUGAUGUUUUUGAUUGGACAAGACACAGAGGCUCCACUCCUACAUCAAUGACUGGUCCUUCCUCUGACCACACAACAGGAAGUGGUUUUUAUAUGUACAUCGAGGGUGACAGCGCAACUUAUGGCGACACGGCCCGUCUCCUCAGUCCAGAAUGUGCUGACCUUCAACCUCAGUGUCUUCAGUUCUGGUACCACAUGCAUGGUUCCAGCUGGGCCAUGGGACUGAGCGUCCACAUACUUGAGGGCAAUGUGGGCAAGGAGGUGUGGAAGAUGAAUGAAGACCAUGGAGACAUGUGGCAUCUUGCACAGGUGGACCUGAUAUCAGAUGUUAAGUUCAAGGUGAUCUUUGAGGGGCGUAGAGGAAGCUCAGCCCGGUCAGAUGUUGCCAUUGAUGAUGUUUCACUGCACAGAGGAGCCUGUAGUGAAUUACCGAACCAGGUGGCUCCACCCUCAGUCCCAUUGCCACCAGCUCCAACAACGCCACAACCUGCACCCAUCCAAACUGCAGAAAUACCAAAGACCUCAGCGUCUUGUGGCAUGAACUGUGAUUUUGAAAGGGACAUUUGUGCUUGGACUCAGUUGGCGACUGAUGUUUUUGAUUGGACAAGACACAGAGGCUCCACCCCUACAUCAAUGACUGGUCCUUCCUCUGACCACACAACAGGAAGUGGUUUUUAUAUGUACAUUGAGGGUGACAGUGCUGUCCAUGGCGACACGGCCCGUCUCCUCAGUGCACAAUGUGCUGACCCUCAACCUCAGUGUCUUCAGUUCUGGUACCACAUGCAUGGAUCCAGCUGGACCAUGGGACUGAGCGUCUACCUUCUGCAAUAUGGCAAUGAGGCCAAAGAGGUGUGGAGGAAGAGAGAAGACCAAGGAAACAUGUGGCAUCUUGCACAGGUGGACCUGAGACCAGAUGUUAAGUUCCAGGUGAUCUUUGAGGGGCGUAGAGGAAGCUCAGCCCGGUCAGAUGUUGCCAUUGAUGAUGUCUCACUGCACAGAGGAGCCUGUAGUGAUUUACCAAACCAGGCGGCUCCACCUUCAGUCCCAUUGCCACAAUCGGCACCCAUCCAACGUAGAGAAAUACCAAACCCCUCAGCGUCUUGUGGCAUCAACUGUGAUUUUGAAAGGGACAUUUGCGCUUGGACUCAGUUGGCAACUGAUGUUUUUGAUUGGACAAGACACAGAGGCUCCACCCCUACAUCAAUGACUGGCCCCUCCUCUGACCACACAACAGGAAGUGGUUUUUAUAUGUACAUUGAGGGUGACAGUGCUGUCCAUGGCGACACGGCCCGUCUCCUCAGUGCACAAUGUGCUGACCCUCAACCUCAGUGUCUUCAGUUCUGGUACCACAUGCAUGGUUCCAGCUGGACCAUGGGACUGAGCGUCUACCUUCUACAAUAUGGCAAUGAGGCCAAAGAGGUGUGGAGGAAGAGAGAAGACCAAGGAAACAUGUGGCAUCUUGCACACGUGGACCUGAGACCAGAUGUUAAGUUCCAGGUGAUCUUUGAGGGGCGUAGAGGAAGCUCAGCCCGGUCAGAUGUUGCCAUUGAUGACGUGUCACUGCACAGAGGAGCCUGUAGUGAUCUACCAAAUCAGGUGGCUCCACCUUCAGUCCCAUUGCCACCAGCUGCAACAACGCCACAACCUGCACCCAUCCAAACUGCAGAAAUACCAAACACCUCAUCAGAGUCUUGUGGCAUGAACUGUGAUUUUGAAAGGGACAUUUGUGCUUGGACUCAGUUGGCGACUGAUGUUUUUGAUUGGACAAGACACAGAGGCUCCACCCCUACAUCAAUGACUGGCCCCUCCUCUGACCACACAACAGGAAGUGGUUUUUAUAUGUACAUUGAGGGUGACAGUGCUGUCCAUGGCGACACGGCCCGUCUCCUCAGUGCACAAUGUGCUGACCCUCAACCUCAGUGUCUUCAGUUCUGGUACCACAUGCAUGGAUCCAGCUGGACCAUGGGACUGAGCGUCUACCUUCUACAAUAUGGCAAUGAGGCCAAAGAGGUGUGGAGGAAGAGAGAAGACCAAGGAAACAUGUGGCAUCUUGCACAGGUGGACCUGAGACCAGAUGUUAAGUUCCAGGUGAUCUUUGAGGGGCGUAGAGGAAGCUCAGCCCGGUCAGAUGUUGCCAUUGAUGAUGUUUCCCUGCACAGAGGAGCCUGUAGUGAUUUACCAAACCAGGCGGCUCCACCUUCAGUCCCAUUGCCACAAUCGGCACCCAUCCAACGUAGAGAAAUACCAAACCCCUCAGAGUCUUGUGGCAUCAACUGUGAUUUUGAAAGGGACAUUUGCACUUGGACUCAGUUGGCAACUGAUGUUUUUGAUUGGACAAGACAAAGAGGCUCCACCCCUACAUCAAUGACUGGCCCCUCCUCUGACCACACAACAGGAAGUGGUUUUUAUAUGUACAUUGAGGGUGACAGUGCUGUCCAUGGCGACACGGCCCGUCUCCUCAGUGCACAAUGUGCUGACCCUCAACCUCAGUGUCUUCAGUUCUGGUACCACAUGCAUGGUUCCAGCUGGACCAUGGGACUGAGCGUCUACCUGUUGCAAUAUGGCAAUGAGGCCAAAGAGGUGUGGAGGAAGGGAGAAGACCAAGGAAACAUGUGGCAUCUUGCACAGGUGGACCUGAGACCAGAUGUUAAGUUCCAGGUGAUCUUUGAGGGGCGUAGAGGAAGCUCAGCCCGGUCAGAUGUUGCCAUUGAUGAUGUCUCACUGCACAGAGGAGCCUGUAGUGAUUUACCAAACCAGGCGGCUCCACCUUCAGUCCCAUUGCCACAAUCGGCACCCAUCCAACGUAGAGAAAUACCAAACCCCUCAGCGUCUUGUGGCAUCAACUGUGAUUUUGAAAGGGACAUUUGCACUUGGACUCAGUUGGCAACUGAUGUUUUUGAUUGGACAAGACAAAGAGGCUCCACGCCUACAUCAAUGACUGGUCCUUCCUCUGACCACACAACAGGAAGUGGUUUUUAUAUGUACAUUGAGGGUGACAGUGCUGUCCAUGGCGACACGGCCCGUCUCCUCAGUGCACAAUGUGCUGACCCUCAACCUCAGUGUCUUCAGUUCUGGUACCACAUGCAUGGAUCCAGCUGGACCAUGGGACUGAGCGUCUACCUGUUGCAAUAUGGCAAUGAGGCCAAAGAGGUGUGGAGGAAGAGAGAAGACCAAGGAAACAUGUGGCAUCUUGCACAGGUGGACCUGAGACCAGAUGUUAAGUUCCAGGUGAUCUUUGAGGGGCGUAGAGGAAGCUCAGCCCGGUCAGAUGUUGCCAUUGAUGACGUGUCACUGCACAGAGGAGCCUGUAGUGAUCUACCAAAUCAGGUGGCUCCACCUUCAGUCCCAUUGCCACCAGCUGCAACAACGCCACAACCUGCACCCAUCCAAACUGCAGAAAUACCAAACACCUCAUCAGAGUCUUGUGGCAUAAACUGUGAUUUUGAAAGGGACAUUUGUGCUUGGACUCAGUUGGCGACUGAUGUUUUUGAUUGGACAAGACACAGAGGCUCCACCCCUACAUCAAUGACUGGCCCCUCCUCUGACCACACAACAGGAAGUGGUUUUUAUAUGUACAUCGAGGGUGACAGUGCUGUCCAUGGCGACACGGCCCGUCUCCUCAGUGCACAAUGUGCUGACCCUCAACCUCAGUGUCUUCAGUUCUGGUACCACGUGCAUGGAUCCAGCUGGACCAUGGGACUGAGCGUCUACCUUCUACAAUAUGGCAAUGAGGCCAAAGAGGUGUGGAGGAAGAGAGAAGACCAAGGAAACAUGUGGCAUCUUGCACAGGUGGACCUGAGACCAGAUGUUAAGUUCCAGGUGAUCUUUGAGGGGCGUAGAGGAAGCUCAGCCCGGUCAGAUGUUGCCAUUGAUGAUGUUUCCCUGCACAGAGGAGCCUGUAGUGAUUUACCAAACCAGGCGGCUCCACCUUCAGUCCCAUUGCCACAAUCGGCACCCAUCCAACGUAGAGAAAUACCAAACGCCUCAGCGUAUUGUGGCAUCAACUGUGAUUUUGAAAGGGACAUUUGCGCUUGGACUCAGUUGGCAACUGAUGUUUUUGAUUGGACAAGACACAGAGGCUCCACCCCUACAUCAAUGACUGGCCCCUCCUCUGACCACACAACAGGAAGUGGUUUUUAUAUGUACAUUGAGGGUGACAGUGCUGUCCAUGGCGACACGGCCCGUCUCCUCAGUGCACAAUGUGCUGACCCUCAACCUCAGUGUCUUCAGUUCUGGUACCACAUGCAUGGAUCCAGCUGGACCAUGGGACUGAGCGUCUACCUUCUGCAAUAUGGCAAUGAGGCCAAAGAGGUGUGGAGGAAGAGAGAAGACCAAGGAAACAUGUGGCAUCUUGCACAGGUGGACCUGAGACCAGAUGUUAAGUUCCAGGUGAUCUUUGAGGGGCGUAGAGGAAGCUCAGCCCGGUCAGAUGUUGCCAUUGAUGACGUGUCACUGCACAGAGGAGCCUGUAGCGAGAUCUCUCUCUCUGACACGUAUGGACAUUCUGACGGUACACUCAAAAAUAGCAUGAUAAUGUCAAACGGGGAGGAGGUACAAAAUAAGAGAGUUUGGAGAAACUGGAAAGCAACAGAUGACAAAAGCACAGCAAGAAGAAGGUAG